GUUGCCUCUGCCCUGACCAAAGAUGGCGGCCCGAACGCCGCUCGCCCACUUCCCGUAACCAAUGGCGCCCCGACGCUCGGCUGACUCACUAGGGCGACCUCGGCACGCGGUCGCAUGAUGCAACGCUGGAGUCCGGGCAGCCUCCGGUGCACGUUGGGGUGAUAAGGCGGUGGCGGCGUUGAGGUUGACGUCCUUGGAGGUGACCAGAGCUACCGCAGGAAUGGUGCUAGAGCUGUAUGUCUCAGAUCGAGAGGGAAAUGAUGCGACGGGAGAUGGAACCAAGGAGAAACCAUUUAAAACGGGUCUCAAGGCUUUGAUGACAGUAGGAAAAGAACCAUUUCCUACUAUUUACGUAGAUUCACAAAAAGAAAAUGAGAGGUGGGAUGUUAUUUCUAAAUCACAGAUGAAGAAUAUUAAAAAAAUGUGGCAUAGGGAACAAAUGAAGAGUGAAUCCCGGGAAAAGAAAGAGGCAGAAGAUAAUUUGCGAAGAGAAAAGAACCUAGAAGAAGCAAAAAAGAUUACCAUUAAAAACGAUCCAAGUCUUCCAGAGGCAAAAUGUGUGAAGAUUCGCUCUUUAGAAGGAUAUAGAGGCCAAAGAGUGAAAGUGUUUGGCUGGGUCCACAGGCUUCGUAGGCAAGGGAAGAAUUUAAUGUUUCUGGUAUUGCGGGAUGGUACAGGUUAUCUUCAGUGUGUCUUGUCGGAUGAUUUGUGCCAGUGUUACAAUGGAGUAGUCUUGUCUACUGAGAGUAGUGUUGCAGUGUAUGGAAUGCUAAAUCUUACCCCAAAGGGCAAGCAGGCUCCAGGGGGCCACGAGCUGAGCUGUGACUUCUGGGAGCUGCUUGGGUUGGCCCCUGCUGGAGGCGCUGAUAACUUGAUCAACGAAGAGUCUGACGUCGAUGUCCAGCUCAACAACAGACACAUGAUGAUCCGAGGAGAGAACAUGUCCAAAAUCCUAAAAGCACGUUCCAUGGUCACCAGGUGCUUUCGAGAUCACUUCUUUGAUAGGGGGUACUGUGAAGUUACGCCUCCGACGCUAGUGCAGACGCAAGUGGAAGGGGGUGCUACGCUCUUCAAGUUUGACUUUUUCGGGGAAGAGGCAUUUUUGACUCAGUCCUCUCAGUUGUACCUGGAGACCUGCCUUCCAGCCCUGGGGGAUGUUUUCUGUAUGGCACAGUCCUACCGGGCGGAACAGUCCAGAACACGAAGGCACCUGGCUGAAUACACUCAUGUGGAAGCCGAGUGCCCUUUCCUGACCUUUGAGGACCUCCUGAACCGAUUGGAGGACUUGGUCUGUGACGUGGUAGAUAGAGUCUUGAAGUCCCCUGCGGCAAGCAUAGUGUAUGACCUCAACCCGAACUUUAAGCCCCCCAAACGGCCUUUCAAAAGGAUGAACUAUUCAGAUGCUAUUGUGUGGCUAAAAGAACACAAUAUAAAAAAAGAAGAUGGAACUUUCUAUGAAUUUGGAGAAGAUAUCCCAGAAGCUCCUGAGAGACUGAUGACAGACACCAUUAAUGAACCAAUCUUGCUGUGUCGAUUUCCUGUGGAGAUCAAGUCCUUCUAUAUGCAGCGAUGUCCUGAGGAUUCCCGUCUUACUGAAUCUGUGGACGUCUUGAUGCCCAAUGUUGGUGAGAUUGUGGGAGGCUCGAUGCGUAUCUGGGACAAUGAUGAAAUACUGGCAGGUUAUAAAAGGGAAGGGAUUGACCCCACUCCCUACUACUGGUAUACAGAUCAGAGAAAAUAUGGUACCUGUCCUCAUGGAGGCUAUGGCUUGGGUCUGGAACGGUUCUUAACUUGGAUCCUGAAUAGAUACCACAUCCGAGAUGUGUGCUUAUACCCCCGGUUUGUCCAGCGCUGCAAGCCGUGACCGAGCCCUCCUGAAGCAUGAAGGAAAGAAUGUGGUUCAUGAAAGAAAUAGGCUGCCUCUCUAAAACAAAAAAGCAAAAAGCAGAAUCUUCCCUUUUCGUUCCACUGGUGUAUAUCUAUUUCUGUUCUCUAUGUUUUUUAUUCCUACUACCAUAAAAAGUAGCCCAAAUGACUUGAACAUCAAGUGAUGUUGAUAUUGUCAUUUUAAGAAAAAUAUCUAUUACAAAGUUUAGAGGAAAUAUAUGGCAAGUAACUCUAUAGUUAUGGAUACAUUUCAGCUUUUUAUCCAAUUAUAGAUCAUAAUUUUUGUGUUAUAUACAUAAUUAAACAGUUUUAAAUUAUGGUCUAAGACAUUCCAGUAACUUAGUCUUUCUGUCCUUUUAAGUGUAACUGGAAUUCUCUAAUUUGUUUUAUUGCAUCAUUGAGUUAAAACAAAUAUCUUGGGGGGGAAAUUGGCAAUAUGGUGUGAAAAUCUGCUGAUAUUAGAACAGGGUAUAAUUCAGCAGUAGAUACUAGAAUCAAAUGAAUGUGCAAGUCUUUUGCAUCAGUUAUUAACCUUUUCUAAAUCUCCUUAGCUGCUUAUAAUUCUGAGGUAUACAAAUUGAUAUGGAAGAAUUUGUAAAAAUGGAAUUUCCUUAAUAUGAAAUAAGAGCCUAAUUUGGGGGGUACUUAAAUGAUUCACAGCAUCCCUCUUAGCAUUAGUUUAAGCUAAAGAGGCAGACUGAUCUUCCUUCUUUCCUGGUAAUUCGUAAGUAAUUAAGAAUAAAUAAGUUCAAAAACAAUUUGCUGCCAGCAUCUUAAUAACAACUGUAAGUGGCUGUUUGAGUUGCCCCUGCCAUGUCCUUAGAUCUAAUCUGUGCUACCUUAUUAACUCACAGCAGGCUUCUUGAAUGGCUUCAUUUCAGAUUUAGUUAAUUUCUCCCCCAAAUGCAUGUCAUGUAUUCUCAAUAGGCUGUAUUCUCAGCAAUCAAUAAAUGAACACACGUAAAAACUC